AUGGCGCUUCGAACUCGAAUUCUUACUUCCUCUCUGUCCCUCCGAAUCUUCUCUCCUUUCCUUUCUCUAAAUUCUCCAAACGUCUUCUCCACCCAGUGCGACGCCGUCCCGAUUCUUGACCUCCCAAAACUGGAGCCCUCAAACGACGCCGAUCUGCUCUCCCAAAUUCUCCUCACUCAUCACAACCCCUUCCACGCCAUGGAGUCUUCUCUUCAACUCCACGGCAUCUCUCUCUCCCCUCAUCUCCUCAACCAAACCCUCCUCCGCCUCCAACAUUCUUCCAAAAUUGCCCUCGCUUUUUUCCACUUUUCCCAAUCUAUCCCUCCCCACGCCCCUUCCCCACCCUCUUCCUACAACCUCAUCAUCGACAUCCUCUCCAAAGUCCGCCAAUUCGACGUCAUUUGGCAACUCAUCAUCCAAAUGGACCAACAAAACGUCGCCCCCAUUUCCUCCGCUUUCUUGAUUUUAAUUCGUAGACUGAUCGCCGCUGGCCUCACCCGGCAGGCGGUUCGAGCUUUCGAUGAUAUGAAAUGUUUUGUAGAGAAGGAAGACAUGGAUGAGGAAGUUAAUUUUAGUUUUUUGCUCGACACUCUCUGUAAGUAUGGUUAUGUGAGAGUGGCGGUUGAUGUUUUUCGUAAGAAGAAACAUGAGAUUAUAGGGAAUGUGAAAAUGUACACGAGUUUGAUAUAUGGGUGGUGUAAAAUUAGUCGAAUUGAUAUGGCGGAGAGGUUUUUGAAUGAGAUGAUUGAGCGAGGGAUUGAGCCGAAUGUGGUGACUUAUAAUGUGUUGCUUAAUGGGGUUUGCAGGAGGGCGAGUUUGCAUCCUGAUGAGAGGUUUGAGAGGACGAUAAUGAGAGCGGAGAAAGUGUUCGAUGAAAUGCGUAUGAGAGGGAUUGAGCCGGAUGUCACUAGUUUUUCGAUUGUUUUACAUGUGUAUAGUCGGGCGCAUAAGCCUCAGUUGACUAUGGACAAGUUGAAGUUGAUGCAAGAAAAAGGGAUCUGUCCGAGUGUUGUGACUUAUACUUCUGCUGUUAAGUGUCUUUGUUCGUGUGGGAAGCUAGAGGACGCCGAGCAGUUGCUUGAAGAGAUGGUCAGGAAUGGUGUUAGUCCUUCGGCUAUGACUUAUAAUUGUUUCUUUAAGGAGUAUAGAGGAAGGAAGGAUGCAGAUGGUGCCCUGAAGUUGUAUAGGAAGAUGAAGGAGGACGGUUUGUGCGUGCCAAGUGGACAUAGUUAUAAUAUAUUGCUAGGGAUGUUUAUGAAGUUGAAUCGAAUGGAGAUUGUGAAGGAGAUAUGGGGUGAUAUGAAAGGAAGUGAGGUGGGUCCAGAUUUGGAUUCUUACACGAUGUUGAUUCAUGGGCUGUGUGAGAAACAAAAGUGGAAGGAGGCUUGUCAGUUUUUUGUUGAGAUGAUAGAGAAGGGAUUGCUUCCGCAAAAAGUUACGUUUGAGACCCUUUAUCGGGGAUUAAUACAGUCUGAUAUGUUGAGAACAUGGAGAAGAUUGAAGAAGAAGCUUGACGAAGAGUCAAUAACAUUUGGUUCGGAGUUCCAAAAUUAUCAUUUGAAGCCAUAUAGGAGAUGAUGCAUCAUCAAACA